UCCCUCGAGGACAGCAGCAAGCAGGCUCUCCUCAAUGUCCAGGACUCCAUCCAGGAGGAGGUUCAAGCCAAGGGCAAGGUGCAGGAGAAGCUCUGGGCUGCCGAGAUGGAGAUCAAAGACCUGCAGUUGGAGUUUGGGCUGGAGAAGAUGGAUAACCUGAGCACCAUCCGGCACCAGGAGCGAGACCUGCUGCUCUGCCAGCAGCUGCUGGGUCAGGUGCAGCGUGCCUGCAACUACAGCAACCUGGAGACGAUCAGCCUGUGGGACAAGGAGAGCGGCUGCUGGAAAAUUCCAGAGCCUGUCAUUCAAAGAACCCAGCUGCCCGCAGCUCCAGCCCUGCCACAGCCCAAACCUGGCCGGACAAGCCCCUCGAAUGAGAGCAGGGAGUCAGCGCCCGAGGAGGACUACUACAGGCUGGUGCUGGACACCAGCGACAGCGAAACCAUCGCCAGCAACUGCUUCGGAUCCCGGCGAGCCAGCCGGAUUCUUCACCUGGACCAAGCUCCUGGCCUUGGCUCCCAGCGCCGACACCGAGCGCAGGAGGGAGGGGAUGGCGGCGGGGCCCUCCCUCGUCCGCGGCCACGGCGCUGAGUCGCGAUCGCGCUGUCGCGACAGCGGCC